CCUGCUUCGUGCAUCACUUUCAUCAUUGCCCUUUACGGUCAUCAUCUCCAUCAUCAUCAUUCCUGUCCGCUUAUAUAUCUAGCGGUCCUUCCCCUCUUCCCGAUCACCACCACCAUCACCAACUACUACUAACUCCGAACCUCCGCCAAAACCCACCCAAACCCACCGCCCGCUUCGGUUCCCAACAGACUCAGGAACGCGCCAAAGACCUGCUCCGGCUUCUCACAAAGGUCUUUCUUCCAUCACCAUCCCCCUUCCAUCUGCCCCCCUGUAUGGACUGCGGGACGACUGGCACGGCUGCGGGCAUCGACCCCAAAAUUCUAGAUAACUGGCAAUCGGAUACUUUUCCGAUCUAUUCCGCUUACGAUCAACCGCUGGAGUGGGAUGCGAGCCAGGACUCGAGUCCAGGCGAUGCGGAUGUCGUGGAUCUGAGCAACCUUCGUGGUCCGCUGUCGCGGGACCAAUCCACCGUCCCGGUGGUCGGUCAUGCUGGCGAUUAUCGAGGUAGUGAGAGCAGCAGCAAACAUGGUGCCACUUCCCCCGGAAAGUUCAGCAUCAACGACGGUCCUAUCGAAGGCACCGUGAGUGGUACGAUCAGCCCCAGGACGCUGCCCUCUUCUGCCGACGACAAUUUCCAGCUGGAUGAGUCAUGGCCGCCAUUUCAACUGUUCAACGCCAUGACGGCUGGCCUUCCCAUGGAGGCUCCCCUUAUGUACCCGUACGCUAAGGAGCCUGCCUCCACCAACACGGUUAUUGUAGAGGAUACCGGAGAGUUGCCGCAGGGACAGGGCUUGUCCGAUCUUCCUCCCGAUCCGUUCCUCUCUUUCCAGAAUAUUCCCCAGGCGUUCCCCUUCUCGACCGCUGAGACUUGGACGGCACCGACUGCGCCCGCUCCCACGGACAACCUGCCUAAUCAGACCCCGGUAUCUCUGUCCAUGGGUCUGCAAUCAGCUGCCAAACGUCCAGGACACAUCCGCGACUACCAGGGUUCGAUGCGAUCACUGGAUUCCCGCUGGCUUGAAGGUCUGGAGUCUCAGCUGUCUUCCAACAUGACAUCGCCUGCAUCCUUGUCGAUCCCCCAGGACGCGACAUUCUUCAAGGAGGAGAGAAUUCAGCAUGACGGCUUGCAAUACAAAUCGGAGAGUUCUUCGGUUUCUGGAGAUUUUCCCAGCGUCUACGAACCGUUCCCCGCUAGUAACGAUGAGAUCCCCGCUUUUGCCGAUCGCCAACUCGAAGACAAUGGACUCUGGAAAGAUACACAGAAGGAGAGCACUUCUUCGGAGACAUCUCAACCUCUACAAAAUGCGACCGCCUUCAUGGUCAGUGAAGACCCUUCGGAGGCCUACUUCACGCCGGUCUCUGCAAGACCCAGAGCCUCGUCAUCUGCGCAAAGGGCGCCGGCUCGGCCACAAGCUCUUGCACUUCAGACAGUGGCCACGGUCAGAAAGCGCAAGCAACGUAACUCAAGCGUGCAUCUGGACCAGAACCUGCCCAAGCCUUUGCAAAUCGUGCAGGAAGACGGCCAAGGAGGAUCUAUUGCUUCGGCAGAUUUCAUAUCACCGCCUCGGGGAGCGCGCCGCAAGGGCCCUCUGAGCAUGGUCGGCAGGGCUAAUGCUGGACUGCGACGAAAGAACAAGGACACAUGUGUCCAGUGUCGACUGAACAAGCGCAAGUGUGAUGGCAACGCCCCGUGCGAUGCUUGCCGCCCUACGCUCCACGAGCAGCCAUGUGCACGCGCCUGCUUUGCCAACAUCGUCGAGUACGGUACAUGUAACUAUGUUUCUCAACGCGCCAUCAACCAUCCCACCACAGAUGGUGCCAGACGCAUCCGGAUGGACAUUCCUUCUGAGUUCGACCUCAAUGACCUGAUCACAUUCCUCGGUGAGCGACAAGGUCGAUUCAACAUCCGUGCCAAGCAAUCCUGGGGAUCCCUCUAUGUCCUUGACCUCGGGGAGACCUACAAAUUCCUCCGCGGACUCAGCGAGUACAAUGGCAACUCCAAGUCCAAUUUUCUCGACUUCAUUGAUCGGCGCAUUGUCGAGUCGAAGGACAAGUCCAAGAACUGGCUCACAUGCGUGAAAGACUGCGACCCGAUGAACAAUGUUUAUUCCUUACUCUCGCAAUGGAACAACAUGCCUAGCCGUGCUAGCUACAGCUUCGUUCCUCUUCAAGCCGGAGGCCAGGAGAGAACCAUGGACAUCAACAACCCUGAGGACCGUCGCGAAAUUCUCCUUGCAGCACAGUUGUCUCGCAUCAUCUGCCGCAUGCUCGAGGUGGAGGGAUUCCGAAAGCUGGAGCGUGACUUCUACAACAUCAAGUGGAAGCAGAUCUCUCAAGAAACCCACCUGCGUUUCCUGAGCGAGCUCGGCCAUAUCCUGCUUACCCUCCGCUGGCGAGUCUCCUGGUGGCGGCGUCUCGGUGAUGGCGGUCGCGAACCCGACCCCAGUAAGCAACAUUACGUGGAUCGGGUUGACCUACUCUGCCGGAUUCUCUACGUCUACUACACCUGCGUUCUGGCCAAGCUUCCUUCCUGGUGCGCCGCCGAUGUUCCCAAGGGCAUCUGGAACACAUAUGCCGAUGCCGAGAAUGCCGUGUGGGAUGACUUCCCAGUCGACCCUACCGACGAGGGAUUCCGGAGGUGGAUUGAUCGCGGCCAAGAGCUGGUCGAGCAGUCCGGUGCCCCGACCUGUGUUGCGAAGCUAGGCAAGAACGCCUAGACGAGUCGACCUGGAGAAAACAACCCAAAAAAGACGGCGGAUGGAAUGAUACUGAAUUUGAGAUACCCUUUGAAGCGAUAUAACUUUUGUCUCGUCUCCUCUACUUUUGCGUUAUUAUGAGUGAUGAUCCGUGCUAAUUUUCGUGGAUAUAAUUAUUAUUUGGGCUGUGUAUAUGUCAUUUCUCAUACAUAGUUAUAGAUUUCAUUCUAUUUCGGUUCUAU